AUGGGCGAACACAUCAGCAGCCAGCCUUUCAACAUCAAGGAUGAGCCAGUCGAGAAUCAGAGGCCCAUGAGAGUUAUUGUCAUUGGGGCAGGCUUCUCAGGCAUCUACGCAGCCAUUAGGAUUUCUCAGCGGCUCAAGAAUGUUCAGCUUCAGGUGUACGAGCAGAAUGAAGAAACUGCAGGUGUAUGGUGGUUGAACCGCUACCCAGGCCUGGCAUGCGAUAUCCCAUCCUACUCGUAUCAGUUCAGUUUUGCUCCCAGCCCGUAUUGGUCUGCACUAUAUGCCCCUGGACCCGAAAUCCGGGCAUAUAUGCAGGACGUCGCUGAAAGGUACGGUGCCACGCGCUAUAUCAAGACUUCCCAUGCCGUCAAGGAAUGCGUUUGGGACUCCGAAAAGAGAAUCUGGAGAGUCAAGGUCCACAACAUCGAGACGGAUGAAGUUUUUGAGGACACAGCGAAUGUGGUCAUUUCUGCUAAAGGUGGCUUGAACGAAGUGAAGUGGCCUAAUAUCAAGGGCCUGGGGGAUUACAAAGGGAAACUGAUUCACUCUGGGAAGUGGGACGAGAGCGCUGAUCUUCGUAACAAACGAGUUGGCGUUAUCGGCAACGGAUCCAGCGCGAUUCAAAUUGUACCAGCCAUUCAACCGCUCGAGGGAAUCAAGGUCUGGAACUUUGCCCGCAGCCCUACAUGGGUGUCAAAUUCUUUUGGGGAUGUUGCAAUGGCAAAACUUGGAAGAGAGCCUGGGGACAACAAAUACUCACCAGAACAGGCGACCGCUGUAGGAAAGUUUCAAGAUUACAUGAAGAAACGUCUAGAAGGCCGACCUGAUCUCUACGAAGCCAUCAUCCCAACGUUUGCUCCUGGAUGUCGCCGACUAACCCCGGGGCCUGGGUAUUUGGAGUCGCUCAAGGAGGAUAACGUGGUCUUCUGCAACAAACCUAUCCAGCAGAUAACUAAGAACGGCCUGACUCUCAGCACCGGAGAGGAGAUAGAAUUGGAUGUGCUGGUUUGUGCAACGGGGUAUAACGUCGGGGCACCACCUACUUUUACAGUAACGGGCCGCAACGGCGUAACGCUCGAGCAAAAAUGGACGCCACAUCCAGAAACCUACCUUUCUGUGGCUGUAGAUGGAUUUCCCAACUUCUUAUUCAUCGGUGGGCCGAACUCUAGCCUCGGCUCCGGCAGUCUUCUCAGUGUUUAUGAAGGACAAGGUGACUAUGCGGUCAAGAUGAUUCGAAAGCUGCAAAAGGAGGACUACUCUACCUUUGAGGUCAGACCGGAGCGUGUUGCCGACUUCAGUCACUACAUCGACGAAUACUUUAAGCGCACAGUCUAUACAGAUGACUGCUCGUCGUGGUACCGCUCACACACUACGGGGUCGCGGAUUGUUGCUUUGUGGCCGGGAUCGUCGGCACAGUGCCUCGAGGUACUCCGGGCCCCGCGAUGGGAGGACUAUGUCCUUGAGAGCGCGGAUCCUACUGGGAACCUUCUACGAUGGCUGGGGAACGGCUCAAGUAUGACUCUUAAAGAGGGCGACCCGUCCUGGUUUCUGGAACCCGGCGCUAUUGAUGUCCCUAAGGAAGGGAAGCCGGAGGAGAGCGAAAUCUAUCUUCAGCGUCCAUUUUCUCACUAG